AUGAAAGGUGUGGUGAGAUUUGGCAAGAAGGGUAAGUUGGCACCGAGAUAUGUUAGACCUUUUGAGAUUUUGGAAAGGGUUGGAGACUUGGCAUAUCGACUUGCUUUACCUGUUAGCAUGUCUGGUGUACACAAUGUCUUCCAUGUAUCUAUGCUCAGGAAGUACAUUCGAGAUAAGACCCAUGUCAUUGAUCAUGGUGCUAUCGAGGUGAAUCCGGAUGUGACAUUCGUCGUUGAACCUGUUCUUAUCUUGGAUAGGUCCACGAAGAGGCUUCGUAGGAGGGAGGUUGAUUUGGUCAAGAUUUUUGCGAGGGUGAUGCUUCCUGGGAGUUGGAAUCGGAUAUGA